UGAGUCGGGGUCUCGACAGUCGUUUACCAAUCGUCCGUAAUUCUGGUCGUCGCGUCCAGUUUUUUCUCAGUGCACCUGUUCCUCCCUCAUAUAGUUACGGUUGUUCCGUCUUUUGUCUGUUUUCUUUUUGGCGCCAUCCCCUCGUUGUGUAGAGUCGGUUUUCGUCACGUACCCCCCGCUCCUUCUCUUAUCCGUACUAUAAUAAUAAUAAUAUUAAUAAACGAUCGUACCUAGUGCACGUGGUGAAUACAAGACGUAUUUAAUUAACCAGACCUACCUAUAUCAAAAACGAGCAGCUCACGCCCAGACGACUCGUCAGACCAGAAUAAAGAAAAGUUUGCCAACAAAAACGCCAACAUUUUCCGCACCUUUUCACUAUUUGACAUGGUAGUAGUGCCUGUGGAAAUCUGAGUGAUAACGGAGACUUCAGAGGCAUGUCGACAACCAGCGGCGGUAACACUGACUACAUGCAAGAAAACUCUGUGACCACCUUAUACGACGGUGACCGGAUGGCUGUCAACCAUAGAGUGUCGCCACCGUCCUCAUCUAAUGCCGACAGUGGUUUGGACAAUUCUAACACAGAAUCAUCCGCUGGCGACGCUAAACUCAUUAUAGACGUGCCUGACUUUUCCAAAGAAAUGGAAACACCUCGCACGGGUAUCGAUAACCCGAGCUUUGAGACUGAUAAAACUGACAUACCAAAACCUGUAGCUAACGGGCAUAAUGGUACUGUAAAUCAAGAAAAGGAUAAAAUGGCUGAAGCUGUGAAUUUAGAGUUAAUUAAUAUGAAACCGUUCGGCAAAAGCAUUAAUGGCAAGGAAAAUGGAGUUCCCACUAAAAAAAAAGAAACUGCUGUCAAUAUGAAUGACACGUACGAUGACUAUUUUAUUCCAGUGAAUGAACACAAAAAAUACAUAAGGGGUGGAGAAAAAUUGUAUGUCACCAAAGAUAAACGAGAUAUGAAUCAAUCUAAAAAACCAUUUAUUUGUUGGGUGUUUGGCUUGGUCUUAUUGGCUGCUGCUGUCAUCGUCGCGAUUUUAGCGUCAACCGGUAUAAUAUUCAACAACGAAACCGCAGUAGAGAGUCGAAAUUUCAUGGAGAAUGAGAAAAUCGCCGGUUUUGGUAAUCACCAYAGACAUUUCUCAUCAGUCAGCCCACCUCCUAGUGCUGAAAGUUCAAGUCCAUUUAGCCCUCCAACCACUGAUAUGUCAGUAGUAUACCUUCCUAGAACUGUACAAGGUGAAAUUGUUAUUGAUAAUAUGCAAUUUACUCCUGACUUAGCAAACAAAUCAACUGCAGAAUUUAAAACAUUAGCUAGUUCAAUAGAAACCGAGCUAAAAAAUGCUCUUUUUAAAAAACAACCAUUGAAUAGUGUUGCUGAUGAUAUACAUAUCAAAGUCAUUGAAUUUUCUUCUGGAAGUGUAGUAGCUAAAUACAGAAUAGGCUGGGAGUAUAAAGAUGACAGUGAACCACAAGAUCUCAUUGAUGCAGUAACUCUUAACACUCGAUUAGAUAGUUAUUUACGAGAAACUAAUGGAUAUUUAUACAAUUAUAGAGUGCCUAUCCAUAGAUUGCGCUCAGAUCUUGUUAUGGAUAAAUGCAAGAUCGAUAACGGAAAAUGCUCCCAUUACUGUUCUUAUGAUUAUACAAGUUUAGAAUUUGUAUGUUCAUGUCCAUCUGAACUUACCAUAAGUGAGAAUAAGAAAGACUGCAAGCGAAUUAAUGUUAAUAACGAUUUAGAUGAUAUUAACGUUAAUUAUAAUAAACAAAAUGAAGAAGACAGCUUUGAUACUAAGUCCGAAUAUGAUUCUUUUUCGGAACUUGACCCUAGUACGGAACCUGAAGCAAAGCCUGAAUUGAAGAUAGACCCUGAACCAAGUUCAAUAUCUGAUGCUAGCACAGAACCUAAAUUUAAAUCUGAACCGGAGCCUAGUUCAGAACCAGAAGUCAAAGCAGAACCGGAGCCGAGUUCAGUACCUAAAACUAAAUCUGAACCAGAGCUAAGUUCAGUACCUGAAGUUGAACCAGAACCAAAAUCAAGUUCAAAACCUGAUAUCGUUGCAGAAUUYGAGCUUAGUCCAGAACCUGAAGUGAAAGCAGAAUCAAUGCCAAGUUCAGAACCAGAGCCAAGUUCUGUGCCUGAAGUCAAUGCCAAACCAGAGCCAAGUUCUGUACCCGAAGUCAAAGCUGAACCAGAACCAAGUUCUGUACCUGAAGUCAAAGCUGAACCAGAGCCAAGUUCAGAACCCGAAGUCAAAGCUGAACCAGAGCCAAGUUCUCUACCUGAAGUCAAAGCUGAACCAGAGCCAAGUUCUGCAUCUGAAGUCAAAGCGGAACCAGAGCCAAGUUCUGUACCUGAAGUCAAAGCGGAACCAGAGCCAAGUUCUGUACCUGAAGUCAAAGCGGAACCAGAGCCAAGUUCUGUGCCUGAAGUCAAAGCUGAAUCAGAGUCAAGUUCUUUACCUGAAGUCAAAGCUGAACCAGAGCCAAGUUCUUUACCUGAAGUCAAAGCUGAACCGGAGCCAAGUUCAGUGUCUGAAAUAAAAUCUGAACCUGAGCCUAGUUCAGAACCAGAAGUAAAAGCAGAACCGGAGCCAAAUUCUGUACCUACUGUUAGACCUGAGUCUGAAGUAAAGUCAAGUCAGCCAGAACAAGAAAUAAAAUCAGAAAUUGUCACUAAAAUUGAUCCUGAUACUAAACCAGAACCAGAACCAGAACCUAGUGCAGAACCAAAUUCAAAAUCAAGUUCUAUCGACACUUAUGAAUCGUUAUCAGAUGUCGAUAUUAGUUCUGAAUCAGAUUUCUCUGAACAAAAUAAUAAACCAUUUUCUAGUUCUUCAACAGAGAAAUCAAUUAUAAAUAUGGAUCAAUCUGAUAGAGAAGCAAAAUCACAUUCAGAAGAAGUAUUCAGUCAUGAAAUCAAACCUGAAGUGACUUAUAGUGUAUCAACAGAAGCUGAAUUUGAAACAAAAACUGAGUCACCAUCUAAACACAAUUCUAAGCCCAAAGAAGGUUCUGAAUUGUUAGGAGAUGUUGAUUUGAAUGUUCCAGAAGAAUCAAGUACAAUUCCACCGAUGACUGAAAACUGGUUGACUACAUCUUCAUCUAUAAUUCCAGGUAUUCCAAAAUUACCUAGUGAUUUGGAAGUAACAGAAAAAGAAAAUGCAUCUGCAGAAGAAGAAAUGAAAACAGAAUCUUUAGGUUUUGAACAAAUGGAAUUGAAAUCUGCAAACAAAUCUACUAUUGAUUUUAUAUCGGAAUCCCACAGUAAAAGUCCAAUCGAAGAAAUAAYUKAAAUGCCAGAAACAACUAUUUCAGAUGACAUAAAAGAUUUAUCAGGUGUUGUAACUGUUUCAACUGUAGAUGCAAGUUCAACCAUCAAAGAUGAUAUAAAUAUACCUAUUAAAGAAUCGGAAAAUAUUGCAAGUGAACAUGUUACCGAAUUCAUUGAUAUGACCACUAUGUCUUCAACAAAUGAUCAAGAACUAAUUAAUCCAUUGCAUAGUUCAACAGAWCCAAAUUCCUCAGAAAAAAAACAUUCAGAUGAUUUGAUAAUAUUGGAAAAAACUAGUAUACCCGAUCCUACUAAAAAGUUACAGUCUCUGACAUCUCUGGAAGAUCAGACAACUAAUUUACCUUAUAUUGAUGUUUUAAGUACAUCUACACAAAGUAAUAUUGACAAUUUCAAUGAAAAUAGUUCACCUGAUGAACAAGAUGUGAUAGAUAAAAUUAUAACACACUCAAGUGAAUCAAACAUGUCCGAUGUUGUCAAUGAAAAUGACAAUAUGAGUGCCUUAGAUUUAUACCAAAAACCAGAGUCAAAAAAAAAAGACAAAAAGACAUCUAAAAAUCCUGAAUUUUAUCUUUCUGAAAGUGGAUUUACAAAGAGAAACAAAACCAAAACAGAAAAAGAAAAAGAAAUCAAAAAAAAUAAUAAAUCAGAUGUCAUGGAUAUGAUUCCAGAAUUAUUAAAUUCAAACAAAUGUGAAGAAGGACAAUUCCAGUGUGUAAACGGUACAACUAAGGACGGUUCAUAUUGUAUAAAAAUGUCGUCAAGAUGUGAUACAAAUAAAGAUUGUACUGAUAACUCAGAUGAAUAUAACUGUGCUGAAAAUGCUUGCUCUGGAAAUUUCCAGUGUAAAAGUGGAGAAUGUCUACAAAGAAAUCUGGUCUGCAAUAAUAUAAUGGAAUGUGAAGAUGGUAGUGAUGAACAGUCUUGUGAUUUAUGGAAGUGUACCAAUGACGAAAAACAAUGUACUGGUGGACAAUGUUUACCGAUAUCCUAUUUUUGUGACGGGAAAUCUGAUUGUAAUGACCAUUCAGAUGAACUACAAUGCAAUAGUACUUGUGAUGGGUAUCAGUGUUCUAACAGUUAUUGCAUAUCGAGUACUUUACGUUGCAAUGGAGUAAAUGAUUGUGUUGAAGGCGAGGACGAACAAAAUUGUGAAUGUGAUUCCAACGAAUUUAAGUGUAAUACGGGGUCAGAAUGUAUUCCGAAAAACCAAGUUUGUGACAAUGUAGCACAGUGCACAGAUCGAAGUGAUGAAUGGCAAUGCGUUCAACUCGACGGAGUUCAACUUUUUGCAAAAAAAGAAAGUGAAAUUGCCAUGAAAAUAUGUAGUGAUAAUUGGUCAGACACUUGGAGCAACUUUGUUUGUCAAAGUCUUGGGUUUACUGAAACAAAAACAACUAAUUUCCGAACAAAUGAAAACUYUACCGAAAACGUUGUGGGCUAUCUUAAGUUGAAAGACAAUUCAACUUUAACUAGUUCUAAGAGUUUGACGGAAUACCUUGAGCCGGCUUCAACAUCUUGUGAGACUGUGGAAAUUAAAUGUUCUUCUAAGCACCUAUGUGGAGAUUUUGGAGGCAAAGAUCCACUAUCAAUGGAAAUAUGGCCUUCUGUUGUUUACCUUCAUAACACAAGAACCCAAAAGUCAUGUACGUCUAGUCUUGUAAAACGAAAUUGGAUAUUAUCGUCUUAUAGCUGCGUACAUUCUAUUGAUGAAUCUUUAUCACCUGAACAAUGGGAAGCGAUUUCAAGCAAAUCUCGAGUAGCUAAUGAACAGAAUUUAACAAAAAGAUCAGUUUCCAGGAUAAUUAGUCACCCUGGAGUAAAAUUCGAAAAAUUGCGCUAUUUCAAUGACUCGGUAUUGGUAGAACUCAACAUACCAUAUGAUUUAUCGGAGGAAGUCAAUACAAUUUGUUUACCUGAACAAGUUGUCGAUAACAAACAACCAUGUGUCACCGCCAGUUGGUCUUAUGAGUCUCCAGGAGUUUUCAAACAGUUUUCACGCUAUUUGUCCGAACCAUUAAUGCAAAAAGAUUUGUGCAACUCAACUGAACAUUUUAAUGGUUUCCUGACAGAACAGGAAAUUUGUGUUGCUUCGAAAGAAAUGGAAGCCAGUAAUAUGGAAAUUGGAUCACCGUUAAUGUGUUUGGCGGAGAAUGGAUUGUGGCAGGUACAAGGUAUGCUCAGUUACCAGGGUGGUUACGGCCGAUCAUCAAAACCAUCGCUUUACAACGCAAUUUUAGAAUCUGUGCCGUGGAUAGAGAACACGGUAGCAUAUUUUGGUGUUUAACAUGUUCUCUCGGCCAGUUCCCCCACGGAACAAAAUAAUKAAUAUUGUAAAAGUAUUUAAUAAUAAUAAUAAUGUAACGAAAAUCUAUUAAACGACGGCCGUUAUCUAAAGCGUCGUAACUUAUGCUUUUUUUUUAAGGGGAUAUUAUUAUACUUGUAUAAUAUAAUAUACUAUAAUCUAUUUGAUACUUUAAGU